CUGUGUCGUUCUUUUCAGGUGCCUUCACCGUGGUCCCUCUGUCGGGUCAAAACCAGGAGUACAACAACUACCUCAAGAAACUGAACCCGAGCAACAGUGACAAUCCUUGGCUGACAUCCUUCCUGGAAAAAUACGGAAGCUGCGUCAGUAACAGCUCCAGCGGGUGUCUCUCCUGGACUUUUGAAGGCGUCAGCGAUAUCGAUUUGAGUUCCCAUGAGACCAUUGUCAUGGACAGCGUCAUGACCUUCGCCUACGGUCUCCACGCCAUGCAGCAGGACAAGUGCUCGGACCCGAGCCUAGGGUUGUGCGAAAACAUGACCAAUCUGGAUGGAACAGAAAUCAGGGACUACCUCCUGCAGACGUCAUUUGAGAGCCCAGUCAACGGUCACGUCGAGUUUCUGGACAAUGGUGACAUGGGAGGGCGCUAUGGUAUCAAGAAUCUGCAGUUGAUCGAUGGGGUAUACGACUUCUUGGAUGUCGGGACGUGGGUCGAUACCGACAGUGAUGAACGGUUGGUAAUCUAUAAAGAAAUUCCCUGGUACAUCGAAGGGAAUCAUAGCCUCUGGGAUGGAGACACCGGCAUUCCGCAGUCGGUCUGUAGCAAACCUUGCGAAACUGGACAGAAAAGAACUGUUCUUCCAGAGAACCCUUGCUGCUGGUCCUGCACCGACUGCUUACCGAGUCAGAUCGUGAACCACAAUGGCACUGUGUGCAGUCCUUGCGUUAUCAAAGAACAAGACAUCUUCGAUUGGCCUAAUGAGGACAGGACGGUGUGCAUCGAGCUCGAACCGGUCAUCAACAGGGCAUGGACAACCGCCAUCGUCAUCCUGUCAACUAUGGGACUCAUCAGCACCAUCAUCACCUUCACCAUCUACGUCCUGAACCGGGAAAAACCCUUGAUAAAAGCAUCGAGCAGGGAACUCAGCUACAUCAUCUUCGCUGGUCUCUUCCUCGCUUUCCUAACGGCUCUCCUGUAUGGCGUCAGUCCUACUCCCGGAGUCUGCGCCAUCAGGAGAAUGGGAUCCCCCGUGGCCCUUUCCCUCAUCUAUGUUUCCAUAGCAACAAAGACUAUACGCCUUUAUAGAAUAUUCCGAGCCGGGCUGAAGUCGGCGAGACGACCCCGUUACAUCAGUCCAACAUCGCAGGUCACACUCACACUCAUCAUAUGCAUCGCACCUAUUGUAUGGUCAUCUGUUUGGUUCAUACUCAUCCCACCCGCGGUCGAGAUCACAAUGCCCGACGUCAACGUUAACAAGAUCGAACUUACGUGCGCGGAAGACGACAUCGAGGUCAUAGGCACAUUGACCUGGGAGAUCUGUCUCAUCAUCGUCUGUUGCAUAUUCGCUUUCGUCACGCGGAAACUUCCGGAGAACUACAACGAAUCUCGUUUCAUCACCUUCUGCGUGUUCAGCAGUCUGGUGGUCUUCUCCUCUUUCGCCCCGCCGUUCUUCACGACCAACGAGGCCGUGUAUAAGGCCAGUUACUCGGCCUUGGGCCUCAUCAUCAACGCCACCGUCACGAUCAUCUGCCUCUUCGUCGUCAAGAUCUACGCGCUCUACUUCGUGGACGAGAACGAACUCAAUAUCUUCACGCAGAGCCGGACUCGCAGCAACACGCGAACCAACUCCAUGGCCAACGUCACAAGCGAGGGCUCGGCCCCGCCGGCUAGUCCCACGCGUACGGGCCCGCAGGAGAACAAGGGCUUCGAAAAUGACGUGAACAAACAGGAAAUUGGGGGGAGUUUAAACCACAGUAGCAAUAAUAAUAACCGUUCUGCGUUGCCCCCCAUAAGAAACAGUAUGAACCUUGAGCAAAAGGUCAGUAGCGACGUGGAGAACGGCUUCUCGAGAAACUGUAGUAAAAAUUCAAGCGGGGGCAGCGGAAGUCUGAUGCACAGAUUACGCGGGAAUUCCACGCGCGUCGGAGAUAUUGACGCAGCGCACGCGGAACAAUCAUGCGUGGACACUGAUGGCGAUAGAGGGCGAGCCAAAGGCGAUUUAAACUCAGUAGUAACCACGAGCGAGGUCAAAGGUCAGAACAGGUCAUCUGCACACAAGCUGGCGCAGGUUAAAGGCCUCUCCGAAGACAGUACUAGCUCCCAGAGUGACGACCAGCGAGUUUUGCUUAGUGUUAAAAGACACCACAAAGGAGGUGUGUCGUGACAGAUGUGUUGACCUAUGAACUCUAGAAACACUGCACUAGUUAAAUGUUUUUACGGUAGUCUGCAUGAGCUUCCUCCUCGUUUGUCCUACAUAGCUGCAGUUUGAGAGUGAUGUUUUUCAUUGAUAAAACGAUGGAAUUCUAUCCUAUUGAUAAAUCAAAGUUUGAAUGUCAUACAGGGGAACUUUACCCGAGAUUACUACAAUUAGGCCUAUCUUCAUUCUUGUUUUAGGAACUACGUUUGUUAACCAAGAGAUAAAUUCUUAAGAUUUGUUACCUGUAGUAUAUCACAAGUUAUUCCGACUUCACAACUCACGGUUUAUAAGAUUUCGCUCAAACAUUCAGUUGGUACUUUCCUCUAACGUUUGUGCUUCUAUUCAUAACUCCUAUUAAAACAAAACAAAAACAUUACAAUGGAACCAGAGACCAACACACAAUCAUAUUUACGCAGAGCUAUAAAGGCAUUGACAAAUCCUCUAACAUUAAAGUUACUAGACUCUUAGGCUCUCAACUGAUAUACGAGCAUAACGAGUAGAAGUUCUUUGUUGAAUCAGUGCACUUACAUACAUAUAUGACUUGGCUAAAGAGAUGAAACAUAUACAUAUUAUUAUAUACAAGCCACUCUAUAGGGAUUUGUACUUUAAGGUGACCUUAAAAAGGUUAGAGGCAUUGCUCUUUACACAGUUAUUGUUCUGAAUUGUUUGGUUUGUACACAACAUUAUAAUACGUAUUCACUGUAAUUAUCUACAAUGGGUUUAGAUCAGUAGGUAAUGUAAGUUCGAUGAACGAUUUAUGUACGUGAAGCCCGUGUUACACGAGGCGUUAUUUGAUUGCGACAUUACUUGCCCUAGUCAUGCCUAGUCUACGGGCACAGACUAUGUAAAUAAGAAUCAGUACAGAACCUAUGGGUUGCACUCAGCAUAGUCUAGUAGUCCAGACGGCCCUCUGGUACACAUUAUUAAGGCGAAAAAAGAAUUUGUGGGCGCAAACUAAGUUGUGCCUUCGAAGGAAAUCGGCCCAUACAAAGUCAUGUAAGUCAAUGCAAUGUUUGCACUGUGUGUUUUGCAUUCACUUGUUUGCUUGACGCAACUCUCACAUGGUGCGUCAAAGCAUUCAAAAACUGCGUCAGUCGCUGCGUCAGUCUUGCGUCAGCACAAUGACGCCUCGUGUGCAUUUGGGAUUAUAUUAAAUUAUUCAGUAGAUGUAGAUUUGAAUCUGAAAUACUGUAAAAGUGUCUUAUGAGUAUAGGAGUGUUUGUUUUGGCUCAAUUCAUGCUAUAAUGAAUGUUUAUUUUAUUAUCACUGGAGCUUUUUUUUAAUGAUGAAUUCCUCAGUUUUAUGCUGAUCAAUGCAAUGCGUAGGAUCGUUUAGACGAGUUGAGUAUAUAUAUAUAUAUAUAUAUUUAUAUAUGUAUAUAUAUAUAUAUAUAUAUAUAAAUAGAACAGACGGUCACAGCUCAACCACAUUAGGAACCAUUUACCAGCAUAUGUGAAGCUUUUAGCUCCUUAUUGAACAAAUUAAGUCAAAGUAGGACCAUGCUUGUCUGCAAUUCAGAAGAAAAAAAUGCAUCUUCAUUCUUAAAAGCAAUAAAUUGACUACAUAAGAAAGUGGCUGAAUUUAAAUGAAAAUAAAAAGUAAAAUGUCUAAUAAUACGCUUUACACGUUGUAACUUAAGCGUUAUUUUUUUGGCGGAAGGAUGCGCGUUUUCAUUUAUAAGAAAUUAAAAGUAAUGGAAUCAAUAGUAUCUUCAAUAUAAAACAUGGCAAAAUGGUGUGAUUAUACCCGUUACGGCGAAAUAAAGUUUAGAAGUAAACUGUAAAAGCACAUAAUGCCUUUCUCUCAUAUUUUACAAAGCUAAGCUGAACUAAACCGGAUUCAGCCAGUCUAAUGAUGUCGUUGUGGAAGGUCGUUUGUUUCUUAAUCUUAUAAGUAAAGAUCACCAAAAGACAUAAUGUGGGUUUAUUCAUUUAUUCUGUAUAUCAAACGCAAUCCAAAUAACAUCGGUAUUGGCCAGUUAAUGUGGUCAUUUGGGAGACAUUAUUUGUCACUCCAUCUCAUAACUAAAGGUCAUAAAUAGCGAAAUGUAUGCUUUCAUUUAUAUAUAUGAUAUAUCUUAAGACUUAAGGCAUUCAAAAUGAAACAGGUAUUAGCCAGUUUAAUGUGGUCAUUUGGAGGCCGUUUGUUACUCCAUUUCAUACAGACCAUAAAAAUCAAAGUGGGUACUCACGAAAAAAUCUAAAUGUCAGGAUUAACUGCACUGGAAUUGCCAAAAGCACUAGUCAUAAUGAUUAAUAACCUUAUAAAUCAGGGUAGCAUUUGGAAUACAUUAUUAUUUAUUAGUCAAUAUUACCGACUUUGCCGCAAGUAUGCCCUUAUAUUAAAUCAAUUCAGAAAGAAAAACAGAAUAAAUCGAUCAUAGGGGG